AUGGGUAAAGGGUUCAAUAAUUACAUGUGCAAAAAAUUCUUCCACCCUGCGUCAAGAGACAAUUUAAAAAGGGUAUGGAUGGCUGAACAGAAAACAGAAGCUUACAAAAAAAAGCAAGAGGAAUUACGUGUUCAAUAUGAGAAGGAACAAGAAUUACAUGAAAAUAAGGCAUUGCUAAGCAAAGAUAGUAAAGAUAAAUUAAGCCUGAAUUUUAUGUAUGAGCCACCCCCAGGCGUGAAGAAAGAGAGAGAACGUGAAGAUAAUGAACCUGAGUACAAAUUUGAAUGGCAACGAAAGUACAAUGCACCCAGAGAGAGCUAUUGUAAAGGCGAUAAUGAAAUCCGUGACCAGCCUUUUGGUAUACUGGUGCGCAAUGUCAGAUGUAUUAAGUGUCACAAAUGGGGCCACAUAAAUACAGACAAAGAAUGUUCAAUGUACUCAUUAUCUAUGAGUGAGGCUCGUGCCCUGCAAGCUUCUACCUCAGCUCCUGAAGAAGAAGAGGAGAAACCAGAUGUUCCUACACUAAUGCAGCAGAUGAGAGACACUGGCCUGGUCAUGAAACCUGGAGCUCUUCCUCUGUCUGCUACAAGGAUUGAAGAUAAUGAUUCUACUAGCAUUACUGAACUGGAUCUUAUCAGUCAACUGACUAAAAAGCAGAAAAAAAAGUUAUUGAAGAAAUUAGAAAAAAUGGAAAAAAAGAAGAAAGAGAAGAAGCACAAGAAGUCCAAGCAUUAA